AUGGCUAAAGACUUCUUCGUCGAGGACCGACCAUCCGGCAAAGUAUUCGUGGUCAAGCGGUCCCACUCAACAACAGACAAAGGAUCCCGUCGUGCACACAUCACGAAUGAUGAAUUAGACAUCAUCGUCGCACGGGAGAACAACCUCCGCAAGGCGAACGAGGCCAUCAGCGCGGAGAACUACGCGCUCAAGACCAACUACCAGGCCUGCGACGCCCAGCUGCGGCAGCUGCAGCACCAGAUCCCCCAGCUGCAGCACCAGGUGCGCAGCCUCUACCACGAGAACCAGGAGCUGCGGCGCUCGCUCGACACGACGAGCGGCGACAUGGACGCCGAGGUGCGGCGCCUGCGCGCCAAGAACGCACGCCUCAAGACGGAGAACGAGACGCUGGCCCAGCGCCUGCGCGCCGUCGAGCGCGACAUCCGCGACCGCUGGGAGGCCAAGGUCGCCCAGCUGACCAACGAGGUCAACGUCUGGCGGCGCCGCUUCCUCGACAAGGAGGACGACGCCCGCCGCCUCGAGGCCGAGUCCAGCCGCCUGCUGGGCCGCCUGCAGGAGUCCAGCGACCAGAAGCGCCUCCUGAUCCAGGAGCGCAAUGCCCUCGAGCACCGCGAGGCGCGCCACCUCGAGAAGAUUGCCGUGUACGAGGACAUUCUUCGCCGUCACAGACUGCUUAGGUGA